AUGAUUAAAUUAAUAUCUAGAUUUUGUACUCUUCAAAAAUAUUACCCAACAAAAUAUGUAGCACCAAAUUUAUGGGUGAAUCAAAAUUAUAUUCCAAUAUUUAAGUAAAGAGAAUUGUCUUAGGAAGAGUAAAAAUAGAAUAUAUAUAUACGAAUUGCGAAAUUGGUUCCAAUAACACUUUAUUCUAGUUAUUGGUUAUUUUUUGGAUCUUUAGAUGUCGUUCACAUAUCUGCAUUUUUAGGAUUGUUUGUAUAAUAUUAAUUUUAUGAAAUAGAUAAUAUAUUCUAAGCAAAGAUUCACACAUUUGAAAUAGGAAUCUAAAAAGCCUGAAUACAUUUAUAUGGAUAAAAAUGGUAAGGAUUAUGUUAUAAUUUAUAAAUUAAAUGCAUCUGAACCUAAAAGUAUAUGUGAUGAUUAAUAAUUAAGAGAGAUUUUUAAAUUGAAUGAGAAUUAAGGAUUAUUAAAAUUUAAUGUAAAUGAUUGUAACAUUGUAAAUUCUGCAGUUUAACCAAAAAGUGAUUAUGAGUUUUUUAAUUUAUUUGUUCUUGAGAAUAGUGAAGAAGAAUUUAGUAAAAGACCUCAUAAUAUGUUUGAAAUAGAUAUUAAUAAGAAAUUAAUUUUGAUAAAAUUUUGGCAAAAUGAAUAUAGUGGUAUGAAUGAAUAUUUAAAUGCUUUGAUGAGUAAGAAAUAAAUUAUAAUAAAAUGA